GUGUUUCACAGGAAAGUGUGGCAUUCACAACACAACACUCAUGCAGUAGAGGUCCUACACAACUGCCUGCCUUCACUGCCCUGACCAGAUCCCAAAACUCACUCGAGAGACGGAGAGAGAGAGGCAAAUGUGGUGUCUGUAAUAGAGGAGGGAUCAGUUAGGUGAACUCCAGAGGGAAAUCUUGAGAGUAGAAAGGCAAGUAAGGACACACUCAGCACAACUUUCCACUGUACUCUUACAUCUAUUUCUCUUUACCGCAAACCUGAAGCUGUUAGAAAUGGAAGUAGUCGAUGAUGCCCGUUUGCACCUGGAUGUGCCUGAGCUGCACAAAUCCCUCACAGAGAUCUCAGACGAUGAAGUCAACCUCCCAGCUUCUGAGGAUGAAGAUGAGGCUGCCGUCGACAAUAAAGUUAAAGACGGUGCAAAGACAGAAGAGACAGGUGAUGGAGAGAAGGGGGAGAUGAAUGGAGUGAUGGUCCUGGCCCUCCUAGAUAAAAUCAUCGGGGCUGUGGACCAGAUCCAGCAGACACAGGCCGGGCUAGAAGCCCGUCAAGUGGAAAUGGAGAAGUCAGUGACAGGCAUCCAAGGAGAACUCACCAAACUCUCCAAAAGUCACACCACCACAGCCAACAGUGUUAACAAGAUGCUGGAGAAGGUGCGUAAGGUCAGCGUGAACGUAAAGACGGUGCGAGGAAACAUGGAGAAGCAAGCCGGGCAGAUCAAACGUCUGGAGAGCAACGAAAACGAACUUCUGAAGAGAAGAAACUUCAAAGUCAUGAUAUAUCAGGAUGAGGUGAAAAUACCUUCAAAAGUGAAUGUAGCCAAGUCUAUGAAGUUUCCAGAGCACGUAGAGGGAGAGGGGGAGCUGGAAGGCAAAGCAGCCGCAGAAGAAGCAGGAGAGGACAAAGAGAAAGUCAAUUUGGACCUGUCCUCUGAUGAAGAAGAGGCAGAGAUUGAGGAGACCAUUGAGGAGACACGAGCAGAACGCAUCAAACGUAGCAGCCUACAACGUGUCCAAACCAUCAAAACCGCUUUCUCCAGGGACAAGAUGGAGAAAACCAAACAAAAGACCAAGGAGAACUACGAGAAGACCAAGCAGAAGACCAAAGAAAACUUGGAAAAGACCCGUAUGAAGACCAAAGAGAAUUUGGAAAAAACCAAGCAGAAAACCAAGGAGAACCUGGAGAAGACCAAACAGAAGACCCGAGAGAACCUGGAGAAAACACGUCACAACAUAGAGAAAAAGAUGGGCAAACUCAGCACUCGCAUGGCAGUGAAUCCGGAGCGCAAAAAAAAGCUUGAGUCCUCGCAGAAGAGGGUGGUAAAGUCUUUCACUCCAGACCACAUCAUCUACGCCCGCUCCAAGACGGCCGUCUACAAGGUCCCACCCUUCACCUUUCACGUGAAGAAGAUCCGCGAGGGAGAAGUGGAAAUCCAAGGAACCGAAAUGGUGGAGGUCGGUGGGGAUGCAGAGGAGGUGGAGAAUGCAGUGAUGGAGGGAGAAGAUGAAGAGAUGGAGAUGGAAGGUGGAGAGAUGGAGGAGGACGACGACGAGGCAACAGAGGAAAGCCAUGAGAUGCGGGCACUGCUAAAGAGGGGAGAUGACUCUGAUCUGGUGUUGGUGGAACAAGACCACGAUAGAGACAGUGAUUAGAGAAAACAUUGUCUGCAUGUGUAUCUGUGCUUUAGGGUGCUUACACACUAGAGAAAGCUUUGAUGGAACAUUUUAUUUAUAAAAGGCAUGAGAUCUGGUCUGAGGACUUAAAAAAAGGGUUCAGUUUAAAAUCAAAUAGGAUUACAGCGAAUUGGAUUUCCAAAAACACAACUGAACCUGUCUCUCUGUGACUCAAGUGUUUCAUUUUUUAGCUAUUAUAGUGUCACCAAAUGCUAUUUUUUUAAAUCAGUUUGGUGAAAAAGUUUUUCAAACUCACAUCAUUGGUUGAGUCAGUGUUGGUGGAGAUGGUCAAACAAACAAUACACUGUCUUGGGCUAAUUCACCCAUGAAUUGUUGCCUAUAUAGUCAUAUUGGCAUAUUAAGCAGGGAUAGGAGAAAAUAUUUCCACAUUGAAUAAUCACACACUUCAUCCUUAACAUUUUGUCAACUUUAAAUUGCAUAAUGGUGCCUCACUUUUGCAGUCCCUUGGAUUUUUCAUGUUUCCAUUUCAUUCCCACUUUAUCAUUAGAUACUCUAGUGUGUAGGUGCCUUAAAUGUGUAUACUGAAGAUAUAAAAGGUUGACAUGAACGUGUCGGUUUGUGUGUGACAAAACAUGUGUGUGAAUUUCCAUCUUUUCUGGCAGCAAAGUUUAAGAUGAUUCCAUUCAGUUAACGUCUAUUGGAUUGAGAUUUACCCUACAACACUGUAAAAAAAAAAGAAGUUACCUGGAUGCCUUAGUUAUUUCAACUCAAAAUCACUAGUUUAGUUUCAUUUUUACACACAUUUUUUUUUGGAGUCAACUAAUAUUUUAAUCAAAUCUACCUACAAUUUUAAGGCAACCUGGUAAGUUACUUUUUAAGUUGAACCAACAAAUAUUUUUUUUACAGUGUAGUCCAAGUGACUUACUUAUGUUUGUAAAUGUUUCCUAGUAGUCAUCCCCUAUGGUGACAAGUAUGUAUGUUGACCAAUAAGAUGAAAAACAGGGCCGAUGAUCAAUGUGAUCAUUAUUGUGCUAGCUGGCCCGAAUAAAGAAAUGAUUUUGCAUAUAUAAAUAUGAGAAAGCUUGAUGAAAUUAUUUCAUAAUUUCAGAUUGUUCUGUUAUGCUAGAAGAUUCUUUCUCUUUAUUUACAUUAUAAAGAUACACAAGAGUCACAUAAAAAGCUAGUAAAAAGUCACUUCACUUAACAUAGACAAUGGAGAUAAAAGAAUCUGAAAUCUUGCAUUUAAGUGAUAACUUUUAUAUAUCUUUUAUAUAUCCUAUGAUUUAAUGAAUAAUGUUGAAUUAUUUUAAAACAGGCUGUCACUGUCAAACCUUUACACUGAAUUCUUUCAUUUGUUCUCAAUGUAACAAACUACACAAAUGGUGAAAAAAAUCUAAGGUUUUACAUCUGCAAAUGAAUGUAAAAAAGAAAUUUACACUUGAUUUAUACUCAUAAUUUGCAAAGAAUUAUUUGCAUUUACAAAGAAUAUUGAUAAGUAAAAGAAAGUAUUCUCAUAAAUUAGGUAUAGGAAAGCAAUGCAGGCUUGCUUCACUUUGCAAAAGUUCAGCAAAAGGCAACAAAGCUCUUAACCCAACUACUGUUUGUGUAACAUUUGUACGUCCCCUAGUGGAUGUGUGUUGUAGUGUUGUAAUGGACCAAUGACUGGUGAGCAUUUGCCCUGUCAGUUAUAGAAUAAAAACACAAAAGAAACAAAAUAAUUAUGAAUUGCAUGACAGCUAUUGCCAAAAGAAACUCCUGAUCUUGACUUAAAUAUAUAUAAUUCACUGCUAUUACAUACUGUAGAGCACAAACAUUCAUCAGAUGUUUCUGAAAUGCUUUCUCUUCAUUGCUCAGAUUGUAUUAUUUUAGUCAUUGCUUCAUAGGCCUGUAAAGGUUCAACUUCACCAUAAAAAUCUUACAUUUGUUAUUUUAUACUUUUGCUUGUGUAGCUGAAGCAUACGAAUACUUCUCUUGUAAUGUCACAUUUCUUAACCACUAAUGUGUUAAUAAACCAUUCUGCUU